GCGCUGAUCGGCGGCCUGCAGUCCGCUCCCGCCAUGGCCCGCGCGCUCACGCUGCUGCUUGCAGCACUCGCCGCCGCCGCCGCACAAGAUGAUGACUUCGGCUUCCACAUCUCCGAUGCGGAGUACUACACGAUGCCGAAGCUGUUCGCCCUGGAUGAGUACCGCGGCUGCGUGGCGCGGGGGCUGGGCUACUGCGUGGGCAGCUUCGACCUGAGCCCGCGCGGCGCGGAGGCCGGCCAGAUGUUCCGACUCAUGCAGCGCUACUCGGCGAACUGGGUGGACCGGUUCAACCACACGCGCCUGCACCGCGGCGUGUGCCUCGCGCGCCGCUGCCCCCGCCCGGGGACCGCCGGGGGACGCCUAGAGGACUGGUUUGCUGACUGCGUGAACGCGACCACGAUGGCGGAGUACAACAUGUCUGCGACCCUCACCACCCUGGAGUACUGCCGCGGGGGCGAGGGGGCGGGGGACGAGGGGGGCGCGGGGGAGGAGCACCGCGCGCCGCUGGGGGCCUCGGAGCGCGCGGCCGCGGCACUGGCGGCGGCGUUGCUGGCGCUGGCCGCCGUCUCCACCACCCUCGACCUCACGCUGCCCGAUCAUAACAGGAAGGGCAUGCAGUGGGCGCUGUCUUGGUCCGUGGUGGGGUGCUGGCGCGCACUGCUGGCCACGCCGCCCGUCUCCAAGGAGUCCGACCUGCGGAUGUUCGAUGGAGUCCGAGUGAUCUGCAUGUUCUGCGUGAUCAUCGAGCACGUGUGCUGGCUCGCCACGCUGUCCUACUCCUCGGACCCGCGGUAUACGGAGGAGAAGCGUCGCGAGACGGACGUGAUGCUGAUGACCAACAGCACGCUGGUGGUGCAGAUCUUCUUCAUGAUGUCCACGUUCCUGCUGGCGCACAAGCUGCUCCGCGCCCGGCGCCGCGGCGCGCUGCCGCUGUGGGGCACCUUCAGCCAGACCAUGCUCAACAGGAUCAUCAGGAUCAGCCCCACGUACUGGGCAGUAGUCUGGUUCGCGGCGUCGUGGUGGGCGCGGCUGGGCAGCGGCCCGCUGUGGACGCCGCUGGUGGGCGCCGAGGCCGCCGUCUGCAGACACAAGUGGUGGACGCACCUGCUCUACCUCAACAACGUCGUCUAUUCGGAUGAUAAGUGCUUGAUACAGACUUGGUACCUGGCAGCAGACAUGCAAGUCUACGUGCUCUGCCUGGCUCUCACCCUGGUGCUGACGCGCGGGUCGUGGGGCCCGCGGCGCGCGCUGCCGCUGCUGGCCGGCUGCCUGGCGCUGUCCCUCGCCGUGCUGGCAGCGCUGGCCUACGCCUGGAGACUCGUGCCCACCUUCGUCAUGCACCGCCCCGAAUGUAUCCGGCGCGCAUACCACGGAGAAGCAUCGUUCAACGUGCUGUACCAGUCGCCGCUGGGCAACGUGCCGGGCGCGCUGGCCGGCCUCGUGCUCGCGCACACGCACCAUCUCCUGCUGGACCGAGGGUUCAAGGCCGAGGAACACCCGUGGUUCCGCUGGAGCUCGCUGGCGGCGUUCCCGCUGGCGGUGCUGUGGGCGGCGCUGUCCCCGCGGCUGCUGGGCGCGGGCCCGCCCCCGCGCGCCGCCGCCGCCGCGCUGGCAGUCCUCGAGCGGCCCGUGUUCGCGCUCGGCAUGGGGGUGGCUAUGCUGGGCGCGCUGCAUGGCGUGAGGAGUCCGUGGCGCUCGGGGCUCUCCUGGGCGGGCUGGGCGCCGCUGGCCCGGCUCUCCUUCGCCGCGCUGCUGCUGCACAUGCCCAUCAACAAGAGCGUGGUGGCCUCGCGCCUGCAGCCCAAGCAGCUCGACCGCUUCACCGCCGUAUUCGAGUGGUGCGGCGUUGCAGCCAUCUCAUACCUGGCAGCGGUACCACUGGCUCUGCUGGUGGAGAUCCCGGCGCAGCGCCUGCACGCCGCCCUCACCCGCGCCCGCGCCGCGCCGCGCGUCCAGCCCGAGACCAACAACAACACCGUGGAGAAGACACCACAUACUUAGCCUACCUGGACUUGACCAGGGUGUGGGGACGGUGACAUGUUCUCAUUGUUUAGUGUAAGGAUAUGGACUGACAAACUGUUAUUAAUGUAGAUUUCAAGUCUAUCUAAAUAAUAAAAUGGUUUAGGUGGAUAGUUGUCUGAUCAAGAGAAUUUCUAUCGGUUAUCAAUACAAUUCUUCUAAAGACUGUUUUUGUGUUAAGAAUCAUUUAUGUUGAUUCUGAUCAGUUGGUAUAUUACUACGCACAGUAGUAAACUAUUGAUGCAUUUGUCACAAAAAUGCAACUGAUAAAUAGAUGUUAUAAAUGAAGUUCAUGUAGAAUAUUUCUGUAUGUUUAUGAUAGGUUAAACAUAACUAGAAAUAAAGGUUGUAAAUAUUGUUACUAGGUUAAGUAAAUUGUUAGUGAUAUAAAAUUUGUGAUAUCAAUCCCGAUAUUUUCUGUAUUUUUAAAUGAAGUUUGGUGCAUCAAUAUAAG